ACACAGACACGCACGCUGCCUCAACGACCAGGCUUUACUGACGGAGCAACGUGCAGAGAGAUGCCAGACUGCGAGGAGCGACUGAACGGAACGGAGGUGCGCUACAGUCAACCCAACCUUCUCGCGUAAAACGUAACCGUAACCUGCAUUUAAAAGUGAACAAAGUAGAGCAGUGACUGCAUUCAUCUGUGCUAUCAUUUGAUGUAAAAUAUUUUAUUUGAUGACUUGCAGAAAUUGUAAAACAACCACGGACUGCUAUAUUCCAAGGGACGAGAAAGCAUCGCCCGCAGAUUUUGGAGGUAACGGAGCUACUCUCCAAGCAUUCUCCAGGGGAAAACGUCAAACUAUCGGAUCCUGAGGUGGCAAUGGAUCUAACCUGUGCAAUUCUUCAGUCAUGAAUACGAGGGAUACGUUUAAAUGAUACUGAUAUGCGCUGUGUCCGCGGACAGAUAGACGUCUUUUCCCUGAUACAUUUUAAAGACGGGCUGAGACUGCCUCUCUGCGAACGGUCAGACUCCCAUUAAACGUACCCAAGGCUGAAAUUCAACGGAGAAGUUGAGAGACUACAUUCAACAAAACCACACUAUCUUUACCAACCAAUCCUAACACCCUUAGUUAAUACACCAUUAUUUAUGGGACAAGGAAAAUACUAUUUGUAUUUGUAGGAUAUCAAAGACUGGAGGAGGCAAGAAUCAACAAACCAACACCAACAGCUGCAAGACAUUAGCGGCAACCUAUUUUGCAAGAUGGAUAUUUUAUCGUCAUUGUUUGGAUUUUUAUUGGCUCUUUGUCUGACACUGAAAGUGCACGGCGAAGAUGCGGUGCUGUGUGGCGGGCAGGUGGAUGCCAGUGUUGCCGGCUACAUCACGUCUCCGGGGUACCCGUUGGAGUACCCGCCCCACCAGAGCUGCCAGUGGGUGAUCACGGCGCCCGAGCCCUCACAGCGCAUCGCCCUCAACUUCAACCCACACUUUGAGCUGGAGAAACUGGACUGCAGGUAUGACUUCAUCGAGAUCCACGACGGGAGCUCGGAGGCGGCGGAGCUGCUGGGGAAGCACUGCAGCAACAUCGCCCCACCACCUAUCAUCUCCUCCGGCUCCACCGUCUACAUCAAGUUCGUCUCCGACUACGCCCAUCAGGGGGCCGGCUUCUCGCUGCGCUACGAGAUCUACAAGACAGGAGCGGAGUAUUGUUUCCGGAACUUCACCAGCCCGUCGGGGGUGAUCGAGUCCCCGGGCUUCCCCGACAAAUACCCCCACAACCUGGAGUGCUCCUUCAUCAUCAUCUCCCCGCCUCGCAUGGAGGUCACCCUCACCUUCCUGACCUUUGACCUGGAGAACGACCCCCUGCUGCUGGGCGAGGGCGACUGCAAGUACGACUGGCUGGACGUGUGGGACGGCCUGCCUCAGGUGGGGCCACUGAUUGGCCGUUACUGCGGCACUAAGAUCCCGCCGGAGAUCCAGUCGUCCACUGGCCUUCUCUCUCUCACCUUCCACACUGACAUGGCCGUGGCCAAAGACGGCUUCUCCGCCCGCUACAACAUGACCUACCGGGAGGUCAGCGACACUGCCUUCCACUGUAGUAACCCCUUUGGCAUGGAGUCGGGCCGCAUCUCAGAUGACCAGAUCACGGCCUCGUCCUCCUACUAUGACGGACGCUGGUCCCCCCGCCAGGCUCGCCUAAACAAUAUGGACAACGCCUGGACUCCUAAUGAAGACAGCAACAAAGAGUACAUACAGGUGGAUCUCCAUUUCCUCAAGGUACUGACUGGCAUCGCCACUCAGGGGGCCAUAUCCAAGGAUACCCAGAAGUCCUACUACGUCCUCACUUUUAAGCUUGAGGUCAGCACCAACGGAGAGGACUGGAUGACCUACCGCCACGGCAAGAACCACAAGAUUUUCCACGCUAACACAGACCCGUCGGAAGUGGUGCUGAACAGAGUUCCCCAGCCGGUACUGGCUCGCUUUGUUCGGAUCCGACCGCAGACGUACAACAAUGGAAUUGCCCUGCGCUUUGAGCUCUACGGCUGCCAAAUCACAGACGCACCGUGCUCUGAGCUGCAGGGCAUGCUCUCCGGUCAGCUGCCCGACUCCCAGAUCUCGGCCUCGUCCUCGCGAGAGCUCCACUGGAGCCCCAGCGCCGCCCGGCUCGUGGCCAGUCGCUCCGGCUGGUUCCCCCAGCCCACGCAGCCUCUGGCUGGGGAAGAGUGGCUGCAGGUGGACCUGGGGAAGGUCAAGACGGUGCGGGGACUCAUCACCCAGGGGGCCCGGAGCACAGAGGCCGGUGGCACCAGCGCCGAGAACCGGGCCUUCGUCAGGAAGUACAAACUGGCCCACAGCCUGGACGGGAAGGACUGGAACUGGAUCAUGGACAGCAAGACAAGCACACCCAAGGUGUUUGAGGGGAACACCCACUUUGAUGCUCCGGAGCUGCGGCGCUUUGAGGAGAUCCCCGCGCAGUUUCUCCGAGUUUAUCCCGAGCGCUGGUCUCCCGCCGGCAUUGGAAUGAGGAUGGAGGUGCUGGGAUGCAACCUGCCAGAAACCAGCACUGUUCCUGAGAGUACGACCCCGACCACGGCUCCGCCACCCCAGCCAGGCACCAGCGACCUCCUCAGCAGAGCCCCCAGCACUCCCCCAUCAUCUCAGGAGGGGGUGUGUGACUUUGAGCGUGGAUUGUGUGGGUGGACUCACGACCCGGCCUCUGGUCUAGUCUGGACCCUGCACAUCUCCAACGGAAGCCCCACACCCAGCCUGGACAUCGCCCAGGGCUCCAACAGUCUGGGGAACUACCUGUACAUGGAGGCUAGCCCAGAGAUGGAGGGCCAGCGAGCCCGACUCCUGAGCCCCGAGCUGGGGGCCGACGUGGGGCCACUCUGCCUGCUUUUCUCCUACCAGCUGGUGGGGCCAGGGAGCUUGCGGGUGUUCCUGAGGAACCCCCACCUGGAGGAGACCCUCCUCUGGUCCCAGAGGGGGGACCAGGGCCCGGUGUGGAAAGAAGGCCGCACCAUCCUCCCCCGCUCCCCGAAAGAGUUCCAGGUGGUGAUUGAGGGGCUCUUUGAGCACAGUGGCAAAGGCCACAUCUGGAUCGACAGCGUCCACAUGAACGCGAGCACGCCGCUGGAGGAGUGCACCCAGCCGUUUUCUUCGUUCCCUCCGGUUAUUAAAGGGGGAGCCCUUCCUGACGGGAGUCACCCCACACUAGCCACCCGCACAGUGCCGCCCAUGCCCCCCAACUGGUAUUACAUACUGGCGGGCGGAGGCGCCAUCUUGAUCCUGGCGACCGCUGUGCUGGCCGUGGCCAUAUGCAGCCAGCGGCGCCACACGUCGGCCCAGAAGAGCCUGCCGGCCGCCGCCUACUACAGCCCCCAGACCUCGCGCUACCCCGGGGGAAGCAGCAGUGGUCGCCUUGGGGCAGAUCCAGCAUUGACAGUUUGGCUCGACAAAGAGGACGGCUGCUCCCAUUACUGAAUGAGCCGGCGGGGGGCCCCAGAGAACGUUCAAAUCUCUCCCUCCUCCGGACUUCCUGACACUUUCUGAACCAAUCGGAAGCCGAGGAGACAGUGAGAGACGAUGCCGAUGACACGCAACCAAACCCAAACUGUGAACCUCACUUUUUCACUGAGUUGGAUCAUUGAUCAGAAAUGUACAUUGGAGAAAAAAGGCAGGAGCGGUGUUUCCUCUCUCCUCUCAGUGGAUGCUGCCUUGGCAACUGUCUUAGACAAAAGGAGAAAAGAUCCUACUUAUAGAUUUCCUUUUCGACUCUGAGUCUUUCUCUGUCUUUUUGUCUUCCUUUGUUCGCGCCAUUCGUUGUUAGAUGCUGUUAUAAGUCCAGUGGAGCUGUCUCGGGCUCCACAGCUAAGCCUGUUUACUAGAGACGCCGCAGCCAGAGAGGGAAAAAAAAAUUGGCACGUCUCGGCUCUGGGUCUUUCGGUUCUGCCUGGACCGGUCCCAGCAUGGGCGCGCUGAGCAAGGGUUUAAAUCCCGACUCGGGACCGACGCGGGUUGCAGUGUGAGCGAGUGUGUGUGUGUGUGUGUGUGUGUGUGUGUGUGUGUGUGUGUGUGUGUGUGUGUGUGCACUCGUCAAAUAAAACCAGACCUUGAGAAAUGCACUGUUUUGAGGAGGAACGGGGUGCUUGCUAACUGCUACAAGGUCAAGCAUGCUGAUUUUUUAAAUCAUGGGAAGGCAAACAGUAAUGUGCCAUUUUGUAGUCAGUGAUCUAAACACUGUCAAAAAAAUAAUUCACACCCAUGCAAGGGGGGGAAAGCACCUUUAGGAGAGUUGGUCCGUGGGGUAGAGUUUUCCCUAUGAUACUAUAUUUUGUUUCCACGAGCUCACCACCUGUGAAUCAUUUGGACGUGAGUUAUAGCUGUGUGGUCAGCAGAGAGUAAGAACAACAGGCGAUCUGUUGAUACAGUAGUACCAUGGAGACUUUCAAACAGAUAGUCUACUAGGAGCUACAGGCAAAACAUGACAAUGGAGGUUGUGUUUGUGUAAGUGAGUCUGAUUUUAAACAGACUGUGUUGGCCCUGGAGGACGAAGAGAGAGAGAGAGAGAGAGGAAUUUAUUUUUUUUCUUUAAAAGCCAACGGUUUGUACUCUUGAGGUGUAAUUUUAAACAGAGACACUUACCAUAUGUGUUCCACAUCUCAGGAUACCUGAAGAGAUUAGAGCGAAGGAGUGAUGGAAAAAGAGAGAGAUGGAGAGGUGUGUGUGUGUGUGUGUGUGUGUGUGUGUGUGUGUGUGUGUGUGUGUGUGUGUGUGUGUGUGUGUGAAGGGGUGAAAGAUGUAGGUGAUGUGAGGUGGGGUGGGGUGGGGUUGAAGGGUGUCUUGCCACAAAAAGCAUCAGCAUGCGCUCUUGUUUCUUUUUGGAUCCUCGGUGACAGCAACCUACCGCCUUUGUUCCCCCAUGCCCCAACGCUUCACAACACUAUCAUGUGUGGGCGAGUGUUAUUCAGAGAGAGAGAGAGAGGGAGAGAGAGAGAAAGAGCCUGUCUGCUGAGCUCCCUGAUAAAAAAGAAACAGGAGAGAGAAAAAGAGAGAGAGAGAAAGAGAGAAAAAAAACAUUGGAAAAAAAUUCCCAGAUAAACAAAGACAGCUGCUCCCCCUCACCAGCUACUUCCCUAAUGAGGGAAGAGACAACUCCAGACCACGACGGAACAGCACAGCACAGCACAGCACACACACGCAGCUGGGAGCCAUUUUGCUUAGCCGCUGGGGUGCGGGAAGCCCUGCAAACGACACAAAAAUGAGAAACACACCUUUUAUUCAGACGGGAAGACGAGGAAGUUUGCUCCUCGUCCGUCCUGUCUUUGGCCAUGGUGGGCGGUCAUUAGGUCCGGCUCCAUUGUGGUCAUCUGUAAGUAACAUAUGCACUCGUAGCCACUCCACAGUAAGAGGUAUUGACAAAUGUAUCGACUAGUGUCUCGUUAACCUCUAGAGGAUAUCAUUAGAAUAAGGGGAGGAGAGGAGUAUUCACUCAAAAACCCUUGUUAUCCUUUUUGUUGUGAGGGAACCUGUUUGCUUUUGCUUCCCCAAUUUAUUUCCUGAUGUGCUGUAGAGUACAUAUUUUGUCAAUCGCUCAUCAUAAUUACACUUUUGGUGGCAGACAUCUCUCUGAGGUUAGGGUGUGCUGCCCAACAGUUCAGCGCGCCGACACGGCUCACCUGGUUCAGGCAGGCAGCCCCCCCCCCCCCCCCCCCCGCCCGCUCUCACCUGUGUGCCGUCACCAUGGGAACGAGCACGGGGACGGAGGAGAGUCAGAGGGAAACAUGGAGGCUUGGCUCAGGGAAGCGCUUAGCUUUGAUUUUUUUUCCUCCCUUUUUUCGAGAUGGAGAGCCGCGCUAAGAGAUGUUUUGGCACUCCCUCGCGACGUGCUUUUAAAUCAACCUGAGGCCCAGUGAAGUACCUCUGCCUUGGUCUGCUUAAGUGUCUCUCUCUCUCCCUCUCCCUCUCUCUCUCUCUCUCUCUCUCUCUCUCUCAGCCCCUCUCUGUGCAUUCUUUUCCAAGCUCUUAAUAUUUUUAAUUAGUUAAUGGACCAGAUAGCAUUUAUUAAGGCUGCCGUUGCAGGCACAACCCACCUCCACCUCCCCCUCCCCCACACCAGUUUUCCUUUUUCUCGUUGUCCCUGGAGACCGCAUUAAUGAGUUAAAGCUCCCUCUAGACUGGCGUUCGCUCUGCCGCCGAAGGGGCACCAUUCCAAACCCGCUCUCUCUCUCUCUCUCUCUCUCUCUCUCUCUCUCAUUCCUCACUCUUGCUACCCCGGCGUAGCAUAUCACCUCUCUCUCACACACACAUACACACACUCUCUCUCUCUCUCUCAAACACACACAGGCUUCACAGGGAAGAGAAAAAGGAAGGGUAAAGGAUCAGUGGUUAGUGUAAAAAGAGGAAUCAGUGGUUAGUGUAAAAAGAGGAAUGGAUCGUGCAGGGAUUUAGUUCACCCGUCAGCGGUCUCAUGCGUUCUGGACCAGGGCCUCAGAGGCAGUGGAUCAUCACCGAGCGUGCCAUUCGGAGGCGGCUGCAUAUAUUUUCUACCCCCGUCUAAUCGUGUCCCGAACACAUAUCACUCAACGAUGCAACCCACGGCCCCUUAACUCGCACGGCUCAGCAGCUUCUAUUGAUUUGUGUGCCUCGCGCAAGCUUGGACGCGACACUCUCCGUUUCGAUGUGUCAGGGGGUGGCAUGCAUAAACAAAGACACAGAAUCAUCUCCCGCCGUGGAGUUCUCAGGCUGCAGACUCGGCUUUGUUUUACUUUGUUGCCCACGACCCAAGCGGGGUGCGCAGAACAAUGGCAAACAUAUUUAGCGUAAAAGUGGCAGUGCUAUCUGUAAAGACAACAGUAAUGAGGAGGAGAAGGAGGAUGAGGAUGGCAGUGAAGAUGAGGAAGGUGGUGUUGAUGAUAAUGAUGUUUAUGACGAUGAUGAUGAAGAAGAUGAUGCACUUUGUAAGCAUAACGAAUGUACACUAAAACUUCAGUAGGCUGUACCUCAAUCUUAAACUGCAUUUCCUGUGAAAAGGCAAUAUAUCUACACAUAUAUAUCAAAUAUAUACAUGAUGAAUAUUUUUGCUUGAUGGAUUUGACAGUCUUUGGGAUGUUUUUGGAAUGUACAAAAUAAAAUCUUAUUUUUCUACUA